UUUAUAACCUAUGCUUCGUCAUGUUCCAAAGUGUUAAACAUAAACACAGUGAUGUCUUCUCUUCCUUUGAUACCCCUCCAUCCAGGUAGCACAAGAUCAAUGUCUGUAAUAAGCUCUGUUCCUUUUCAUGUUCCAGUUACAACAUAUAAACCAGUUAUCAAACAUGCCAACAAGAUCGUUAUGAAUAAACAGAGUGAAGUUCCUGACAAGAAAGCUUACACAAAUCAGACCAGAUCAUUCUCCAACAAGGUUUUCGAGGAUCAGUCCCAGGGUGUAAUAUGCUAUAGAGAUGAAAAUGGAGAAAUUGUUUGCGAAGGGUAUGAUGAAGGCCCUCGUUGCCCACGACAGUUUCCGGGAGCAUCGUAUCAUUCGAGAGAUGCUGAGAUCCUUGAUCUUCUUCAAGAUAGAUGGCUUCAAAUACUUAAUGGUGGCGGAUUAAGCAGGGCUAAUAAAGGUGUUAGCAUUGUGCAAGAUGACUCCUAGUGGAUUGAAUUUAACAAGUUCCAGUAUCAGAAAGCUUCUCUCUUACCAGAUUCCACAGAUUUCAGGAAAUAAUUGUUUCUACAAGAAAGAUCAAGUAUUAGAGAUCGUAUAUAGAUAACUAGAACAUCUCCGUCUUAUAAUCACUUUGUUUUUGUACUCUGAUUAUCAAA